AUGAACUUAGAUACUGUACGAAGGCAGGCUCAUCGCGUCGCAUCGCAACAUGGUGGAAAUGGCACAGCCAACUAUAAUCCGUUCGCCCGACAACGGUCGCGAGACAUUAAUCUAGAUGAAGAGAACGCAGUAUACAGAACGCGAUCCGAAACACAUGCUACUCCCGCUAUCGAGGAGCAAAGACGGCUAGAAAGCAGGGAAGCCGGAAAGGAGUUUGGCAUGCCUGACCACCACAACACCGAGCCCUCCGCAUCUUCGCCAACAUACGGCAGCGCAUCUACGACUUUUCCAGACUCGACAACCGAGAAGGACUUGACGUCUGAUUUGAACGGUGCGCACAAGGCAUCAGACGACAGCACAAUCGUGCCUUCCAACCAAGAAAGCAAUGUUGGUCCCACCCGACGAGCUAGGUUCAAGGGCAUCUUCCGCAAAGACCAUCAGGAUGCCGAGAACGAUGAGGCCGAGCAUCCAGAGGCUGAUGAACUUUCGUUGGAGGAACGUAAGAAGAAGGCGUUCAAGAGGAAGAUUCCGGUUGGCGCACAGAUCAAGUUCGUUCUCUUUGGUGCGUGGAUCAACGUGCUCCUCAUCAUGGUACCCGUCGGUUUCGCGGUCUAUUAUGCCAGGCUAAAGCCCGUCCCGGUUUUCAUCAUCAACUUCAUCGCCAUCAUCCCGCUCGCGGCAAUGCUGAGUAACGCGACCGAGGAGCUGGCCAUUCGAGUUGGUGAGACUCUUGGUGGACUGUUGAACGCUACCUUUGGAAACGCCGUGGAAUUGAUCGUCUCCGUCCAAGCCCUACUUAAGAAUGAGAUCACCAUCGUCAAAACCUCGCUUAUUGGCAGCAUGUUGUCGAAUCUGCUGUUGGUUUUGGGCAUGUCGUUCUUCCUUGGAGGGAUCAACCGUCUGGAACAAUUCUUCAACGUCACAGUCGCACAGACUGCAGCGUCGCUGCUUGCUCUUUGUAUCGCAUCGCUGAUCAUCCCAACUGUGUUCCACAACACCAUUGCCGAGGAUGACUCAGUCGCACAAAACGGUGCUGCAGAUGCCGUCAGGAACCAGGAGUUGUCUCACGGAACAGCCGUUAUCCUCCUCUUGGUCUACGCUUGCUACCUUGGAUUCCAGUUGAAGACCCACGCCACCAUGUACAAUGAGCCCAGUCAAAAGGUUCCUAAGCGCAAGUCUGGCAAGAAGGAAGAGGGCGACGCAUCGCGUGGUAUCGCAGCCAUUGGCGCUGGCACUGCUGCAGCUUCUGGAGGUGGUGUCAAUAUGAAGUCGCUCUUCAAGAGCCCCGACGGGUCAGAUGACGAUGAGGAAGAAGAGGAGUUCGAAACACCAUCGCUUUCCGUUAUUGGCGCCCUCAUCACUCUCGCAAUCUCCACUACUCUCGUUGCUUUCUGCUCCGAAUUCAUGGUCUCCAGUAUCGAUGGUCUCACCGCUACCGGUGGCGUAUCUACAACAUUCGUUGGUUUGAUUCUGCUACCCAUUGUCGGUAACGCUGCCGAGCACGCUACUGCGGUCACUGUCGCCAUCAAGGACAAGAUGGACCUCUCCAUUGGUGUCGCUGUCGGCUCCAGUAUGCAAAUCGCUCUCCUCGUUUUCCCUCUUAUUGUCAUCUUGGGUUGGAUUUUGGGCAAAGACUGCAUGACCCUUUACUUCGACACCUUCCAAAUCGCCACGCUGUUCGUCUCAGUAUUGCUCGUCAACUACCUCAUUCAGGACGGCAAGUCACACUGGCUCGAAGGCAUCUUGCUCAUGGCAAGCUAUAUCAUCAUCGCGUUGGCAGCCUGGUUCUACCCCGACAUUCAGGAGAACCAGUGCUAG